CCGACUGCGACCUACAUUGACUUCUGCUCCAUGUUCUAGCCUGAAGCGCAAGAACGUUAUGCCCUAUUCCCCAAUUGCAGUCCAUCCUCGUCACAGUUGAGCUACAUUGCUCCGUUGCUUGGAUCUAUCUAUUUUCGGCUCGUUCACACCUGCAGAAUGUUUUCACGUUGCGCAACAAAUCACGAACAUUGGUUCACUCAUUGAGCUAGUCUGCGUGACCGCCGUCAGCCCCGCCUAAAACUCAAUAUCGUAGCUGCUGCUUUGGCAGUAACUGUAGUAAUCAUGAUUCUUUGAUCGACAUCAUGAUUGACAGCAUGAGAACGCCUUGAUUGACGCGGCUUGCAACCAAAGCAACCAACUUCCGUUGUGACCAUUGACGAUCCUUUUACGACUCUCCUUCACUCUCGCAUAUGCGCUAGGUCCGCGGAAGCUCUGGUCAGCAAGCUCUCAUCUCACACUCGUCACAACGACCCGAGAACAAAUCACACUCUUUUUGCGCGCCCUUUUGCACAUCCUCGAUAAAACCGCAAUUUGUGACAUAAUUUGUUGACUCGGAUAUGAUCCCCUCAACCUCACUCGCUGCCUUUGUGGCCCUGAAUUGCGCUCUAGUUGUUAGCGCUGGUGUAUAUUUUGUCGAGCCAUCCGGUGGCAUCACAUGCACGAGUGGCCAAUCCUGCGCACUCCAGUGGCUGGACGACGGAAAUAUCCCUGUUCUCGCGGAUAUUGGCGUCGUCACUGUCGGACUGUAUACCGCUAAUCAGCAACUGGUCCAAUCGAUCGAGCCUCUCGAUGUUUCUGAAUCCCACUCAUUUCAAUUCACUCCCGAUGCAGAGGCAGGGCCGAAUUCGAAGAACUACUAUAUCUCCUUCAUUUCCACGACCGCGAAGGUCAAUGGUACUGCCUAUGCCGCCUUCUCUCCGUCGAUCACUCUCAACGGCAUGUCGGGAAAUUUUGCUUCCCCGCUCGCUUCAGCGACAAGCUCCAUCCCUAUACCCUCCACUUUGGCCCCGGCUAGUAUCGGCAGUGUGGCGGGAUCGACGAUCACUGUCGGCACGAUCCACACAUCUUUUGCCCCAAUAUCGACAUCACACGUUCCAACCUCUGCCAGCGCCACCAAGUCAGCGACAUCCACAACAACAUCGUCAACGUCAUCGGGAUUCGCAACUUCGUCCAUACCCUCCAUUGUGCCGUCCUCUUCCCCGUCUGCGUCUAAAGCGGCUGCCUCUUCUGGUGCAGGGAUCUCGCCUCCUUCGAUACUGCCAUCUCUGCUGUCAUUUUCCUGCCUCGCUUUAGCCAUCUUGUCCUUAUGACGAGAGUGUUUUGGUUCUCUAGAUUUGUACAGAAUUCACAUGGACGCUAAGGCGCCAUCAUAUCCUUAUUGAUGAUGUCCACCGUAGUUUUGUGUUUCCACUUGCCCAGAGGUCCUUCCCGAGUGACACGAACAGGCCUUAGGCCUCACUAUCUUAUCAUGAAUCACAU